CCGACACACUAUUUUAACGCAUGCGCAUACUACUCACGGUACAGCAUAGCACAGCACGCGCACUGGUUAAAUCACAAACCGUCAACUGUUGUGUACGUAGGUGCACUAUGUAGGGGAUAAAAUAACGGAUUGAACGAACUAUCUAGUGCACUUUGCUUUCAAAAGGAGUCCAUUUGGGAUUCAGGCAGUCGAACUGUAAGGUGAAGUUACAGAAGCUAGCAGUGGUAAAACUGAAUAUAACGCGUUUCUUUUGGUGCUGUAAUGUUUGUUAAAACGUGGAGUAUAUGUGAAGUUGUUUUAAAAACUAACGAGUUAGGAAGUUAAAGUAUUUAUGGUUGUUGUUGUUAUUUAACUUUGCUAACACAGUCCCCGGGGUUUAUUUUUAACUUUGACAGGAAGUUGUUAGACAAGUUAGCAAAUGCGCGCGCGUCAGGUGAUUAGCUUGCCGGUGUUCUAAAUAAACAGAUUAAAGGCAGUGUUGAGUUGACUGAGAUGACCAUGGCAGGACCCGAGCUGCUGCUGGACUCCAGUAUCCGUGUGUGGGUCGUGUUACCGAUUGUCUUCAUCACGUUUUUAGUUGGAGUUUUGCGGCAUUAUGUUACCAGACUCAUCCAGAGUGACAAGAAGGUGGAGCUGGAGCAGGUGUCUGACAGCCAAAUAUUAAUACGCAGCCGCAUAUUGAGAGAGAACGGGAAGUACCUCCCCAAACAGUCGUUUGCCAUGCGUAAACACUAUUUUAACAACGCUGAAACUGGAUUCUUCAAGAAGGUCAAGAGAAAAGUGGUUCCUAAAAAUCCCAUUACUGAUACCAGCAUGAUGACCGACAUGAUGAAAGGAAAUCUCACCAACGUCCUGCCAAUGAUUUUAAUCGGCGGAUGGAUCAACUGGGCUUUCUCUGGAUUUGUCACUACUAAGGUCCCCUUUCCACUGACUCUGAGGUUUAAACCCAUGCUGCAGAGGGGGAUUGAACUGGCGUCACUGGAUGCUUCCUGGGUCAGUUCAGCCUCAUGGUACUUCCUCAAUGUCUUUGGCCUACGGAGCAUGUACUCUCUGAUACUUGGGCAGGACAAUGCUGCUGAUCAGUCGAGAAUUAUGCAGGAACAGAUGACUGGAGCGGCGAUGGCUAUGCCACCGGACCCCAACAAAGCCUUCAAGAGUGAAUGGGAGGCUUUGGAGAUCGUCGAACACAAGUGGGCUCUGGAGAACGUCGAAGAGGAACUCAUGUCCCGAGACCUGAAUUUCCGAGGACUCUUCAGCCUGAACCGCCAAGGAAAAAUCUUCUGAGUGGCGUUCCAACACUGUGUUAGAUAUCUACACUGACUGAUGGUAGUUAAUGCACUGUUAUGAACACAAACCUCACUAGAUUGUUACUAAUUCUUCUUCUUUCUAUACUGGAUGAUGAUCAUAGUGGACGAUUCGACUCAUUCAGAUGAAUCAUUAAGCUAAAAACGAGCUGCCUUUUUAAAGUAUUUCAGAAUGCGAGAGCAGGAGGAGAAGCAGCUCGUACUUGAAGGGGAAUUUCGUCACCUGUAAAUGUGAUACCAAAAAGUAAACGAAUUAAAUGGGCUCUUGGAUGUGGCCUCAUGUUGGUUUGAUACCCA